GUACAACACUUUUGUGGUAAAAACUCGUGCGCUGCACAUUUACAUCUGUUGCCUUUAUUCUUCACACGGCAUUUCGCAAAGAACUGUCGUCGAGUAAAUGCAUAAUAUAUGUAUGUUUGAUUGAAAAGUGACGCAAUGUCUUCGCGACGGCAACGUAUUAAGGCCCCUGCCAACUUGACGCAGAUCAAGCGCAAGCCGCGCAAGGAAGACACCGAUCCAGAGGCACGCGUUGAAGCUGAGCCACUGAACCACCCCACUCCUUCGUCCAAGCAGGAGCAUCCAGAGGACGAUGCAUCUGAAGUGGCAUUUAAAAUGCCGGCAGCGAGCAACGCCGGCCAGUUGGACGAUGUGUUCCACUCGGACUUGGAGGAUAAUGUUAUACAAAUGGACUUGCAGAAGAGUGCCAGCGGAUUUCCCAUGUCGCCCAGCAAGGCGCAAGCUCGACAGCGAGUUCGGCCCACUCCCGUGUUUGGGCAGCGUCGCAAUAGCUUCGUGGGCUCACCGUUGGCGGCUGAUCUCGAUGGCGACUACCCGUCGCCGGGCACGCCCACAAGGCGCGAACGCUACUUGAGCGGCUCGUCAAUGAGUGGCGUGAGCGGGACGCCGCAGCAGGUGCAGGCUUCACCGAAGUACUUUCCAGGUGGUGUCAUGAGUCCGGGCAUGGGGCGUAUACGCACGGAAUCCAGUUGCUCGGCUUACUCGGACAGCGGCGGCGGUGGCGGCAAGCAGCGAAAGGGAGAGAGCGACAAGGCGUUGACCCAGGCGCAGCAGCGCAUUAAUGUAAAGCGAGAUUUUGAGACGCGAUUCAACAAAGGCAUCCCGGAUAAGUCCACGUUCAAAAUGUUUGACAUGAUCUUUUACAAUCCCGAGAGCAAUCCCAUGGAGCAGAAACCUCUGGUGACUACCAUUAAGGCGGAGGCGAAUGGCAGCAGCAUCGGCAGUGUGGACGAGUCGAAGCCCACCUCGGAUGAGCUGCUAGAGGCCAAGACAGAACCGGCUGCCACAACAGCAGCCAUGCCUGUGCCGCAAUUGAAACUGGACGCCAAUGGGGAAAUGAUAAUCGACGAGAAGACUCUGGAGAUUGAGACUACCGCCGAGGUGGAGGCGCGCAAGGUUUUGGCCAACUCGUCGCUUAUUCUCAUGGACGAGACAACUGGCGACAAUGGAUUCUACAAGCGGCACAAGCGGACGCCCACCUGGACACCGGAUGACACCAUCCGCUUUUAUCGCAGUCUCCAAAUCAUUGGCACCGACUUCUCGCUCAUGUGUCAAAUGUUCCCCAAGCGUACGCGACGCGACCUUAAGCUCAAGUAUAAGCGGGAGGAGCGCGUCAACGGACAGCUAAUCAAUAAGGCCUUGCUCUACCCGAAGGCCUUCAAUAUUCAGGAGCUCAAAAAUCAGCUGGAAUUGGAGGACCGUGAACGCUAUGAGGUGCACCGCGAAUGGCAGCAAAUCGUUUCAGCCAAGGCAAAACAACCAAGAAAGAAGCGAGCCAAGUCGCAGCAGAGCAAGGCGACGCGCGCACUCUCCGAUGGCGAUCUGGUGUACGAGAACGAGCACGUGACAAAGGAAAAGCUGGGUAAGCACGCGCUGGCCAAACGUCGAGCUGCACUGCAAAACCAGGGCGAAGGUGGAGCUGCCAAGCGCAAGCGUCAGCCUUUGAAGUGUCAUCAGGCUCAAGGGGAGCAUCAGGAGAAACAACCAAUGGAGAAGCAACUGGAGAAGCUACAGGAGAUUAUACAGCAGCAGCAACAAGAGAAGCUACUACAGCAGCAACAAGAGAAGCUACCACAGCAGCAACAAGAGCAACAAGAGAAGCCACAGCAGCAGCAACAAGAGAAGCCACAGCAGCAUCAACAAAAGCAUGAGCAACAGCACAGCGUUAAAAAAAAGUUGAAGCAAAAAGUGCUUAAAAAGAUGCAACCCAAUCCUAAGCGACCGAAGGAGUAUAUAUCGGAAGUGAAUCAGCCCGUGCCUGUGCAUCUUUUACGCGUAUUUCCAGCGAUCAAAAGAGAAAAGGAAAUGGAAGCAGAACAAAUCAGUAGCGAUCCUAUAAUUGAGACCAAGGCUGAGCAACUGCAGCAGGAGCUUAACUCAUUGCUGGACGAGGGACACGCUGAGGUCAGGGUCAAGAUGACAAGUGAAAAGGUCGUCGAUUUGGAGGAGGGUGGCCGCAACUGUGUAAGUAACAUGGACACCGUCACCAGGAGCGAGACGGUUUAUUCCACCGAAACCAAUGCAACAUAUAUUGUUGAUUUCAUUUCGGAGCCACCUGGUCCUGAAGUACCGGAGCAGGGUCCCAACUUCGGGGAGGAAGUCAAUGAGCACGACAUCGAACAAAUAAUAACUGAGUUGUCUGAGGGCUCAAUGGUGUUGGUCUCUUCAUUAGAUGGUGGACAGAACGGUCGCGUAUUAAAUGAGAUAUAUAUGUACGAUAGUCAGACGGGGGAUUUGUCCGAACAACCUUUAAAAAUACCUGAGCAUAUUGUUCAGUGUAUAUUGAAUGUUAUGAGCUAAGUUGCAGCUGAUUCUAAUUAAUUUAUAAUUAC